AGGGGGCUUUAAAAAGGCCACCGUGUCCCAGCUGGGGACUGGAGCCUGUGCUACUGGAAGGCUGGGUGCCCUCCUCUGCUGGCACCAUGCAGCUCUCUCUUGCCCUGUGUCUGGUCUGCCUGCUGGUGCAUGCAGCCUUCCAUGUGGUGGAGGGCCAGGGGUGGCAGGCCUUCAAGAACGACGCCACGGAAAUCAUCCCUGAGCUCGGAGAGUACCCCGAGCCUCCUCCAGAGCUGGAGAACAACAAGACCAUGAACCGGGCGGAGAACGGAGGGAGGCCUCCCCACCACCCCUUUGAGACCAAAGACGCGUCGGAGUACAGCUGCCGCGAGCUGCACUUCACCCGCUACGUGACCGACGGGCCCUGCCGCAGCUCCAAGCCGGUCACCGAGCUGGUGUGCUCGGGCCAGUGCGGCCCCGCGCGCCUGCUCCCCAACGCCAUCGGCCGCGGCAAGUGGUGGCGCCCGAGCGGGCCCGACUUCCGCUGCAUCCCCGACCGCUACCGCGCGCAGCGGGUGCAGCUGCUGUGCCCCGGGGGCGCCGCGCCCCGCGCGCGCAAGGUGCGCCUGGUGGCCUCGUGCAAGUGCAAGCGCCUCACCCGCUUCCACAACCAGUCCGAGCUUAAGGACUUCGGGCCCGAGUCCGCGCGGCCGCAGAAGGGCAGGAAGCCCAGGCCCCGCGCCCGGGGCGCCAAAGCCAACCAGGCGGAGCUGGAGAACGCCUAUUAGAGCCGCCCGCCCAGCCUCCCCAGCCGGCGCCGGCCCAGCGGGCGCCCCAGGUUUCUGCCCUCUGCGCGCGGUUUGAUUGUUUGUAUUUCAUUUUAAAUGCCUGCAACCCCGGGCAGGGGGUCGAGACCCGCCUGGCUUGGGCAGGAGGUCGCCAGGGCCUGCGGACCCCGGGUGCCAGCAAAGCCCUCCUCUCCCCGCCCGCCGAGGGGGUCCCGCGGGGCAGGGGAGGGAGCGAGAGUCACAGACACUGAGCCACGCAGUCCCGCCCACCACUUUUACUGGCCCCACUUCAGAGAGGGCCGAAAAGAAGCAUUUCAUCGCCCUAGGGUUUUAAGGGAGCUGUGGGGAGAGAGAAGAGUGCCGGAGCUGGUUGAGAAAGUUGGGUGAGAGUCCCCUCCACCUCUGCUGGUCACAAAGCAUUUAGUGCCGCGUUAUGCGGAGAACACAGGACUGGGGUCUGUAGAUAGGGGUUCUGGUGGCUGUGCCACUAACUUGCUGGUGACCUAGGACCACACACUCCGCUUUCUGGACUUCCAUUUCCUUUUUGGAAAAUGGAGGUAGGAGUGGGGUUAGUUUCUUAGGAAUCUGCUGUCAUGGGUUUGCAGGACUCGGUGGCUUUGAAUGAGCAGAGCACUGAGAGAGGCUGAGUGUAUCCCUGCCAGGGUCAUUUCCAGAAUUCCGAGCUGUGAUCCUGUGACCUUACAGCCAAAGCUGGAAAACAAGCAGGAAAAAUGAAAAGAGCCUAUUUAUGGCACACUCCUGGAGAAUUGUGUUACUUCCCAGUCUGGCUUCCCCAGAUGUUUGGCUACCUCCACCCCUCUGUGGCCAAUGAUGCAGAAAUAGCACCAUCCAUCAGGGUAGAGAAGGAGAAGGUCCCAAGGGUGGCUGGAGGGACAGAAAACACCCUACUCCCCCAUUCCCAGAAUGCAGCCCCCACUCCACGGCCAUAUUGUAAAGUCACGUUCUGCAGAGAAGUUCAAGGUCCCAGGACACUGGGCUCUCAGGCCUGAGGGAGCAGCCACCCCCUGUGCAAAGUCCAGCAGAUCCCUUCGGAGCCACCUCCUCCUGCCCGCCACUCGUGGAUACAUUUGUGCCUAGAAAAUAGCUUCUUACCACCCUUCUGUGUGACGGCUUUAUCUUACAUUAAAAUAAUUUACUGGGGAAAUUUACAAGUGCUGUACAUAUGCUGAGGAACUGCAAAGCCUAACUCAAAUAUCUUUUUGAAAAUCAUUUUCAGACACCUCUUACUUUCUGUGUAGUUUUUAAUUGUUCAGUUUUUUUUUAAUUGUUGUUAAACAGAAGCACAUGCCGUGGGAAAGCCUUCCGGCUGGUCGUGUCUUUUGGCAAUUCUUUCAUGUGGGAUUUGUCCACAAGAAUGAAAGUAGUGGUUUCUAAAAAGAGUUAAGUUACAUAUUUAUUUUCUCACUUAAGUUAUUUAUGCAAAAGUUUUUCUUGUAGAGAAUGACAAUGUUCAUAUUGCUUUGUGAAAUACCAGUCUGUUCUUCCAGAAUCCAGAGGCAUUGUUAAUAAAGACAAUGAAUCAUUACAGAGAGGAUGU